AUAUAGGGCUGCAUUUAGUCGAUGACGGAGCCCUUGUUUCGUGAUUGUCUCUUUUCCCGAUUGGGGGUUCCUCGAGUGCGAUAGAGGCGGAGAGAAGAAAGGAAGAUGGCGGAGACGGCGGCGAUGAGCGCUGGGGCAGAGGGUGGAGACGGCGUGCCCCAUCAGUUGCAGAGGAAGUGGACGUUCUGGUUCGAUAACCUAUCUAAGUCCAAGCAGGGCGCAGCCUGGGGAUCCUCACUUCGCCAGGUCUACACUUUUGACACCGUCGAGGAGUUCUGGUGCCUGCAUGAUCAAAUAUUUCGCCCCAGCAAAUUGCUUGCUAAUGCUGACUUCCACUGUUUCAAGACUGGGAUAGAACCCAAAUGGGAAGACCCUGAAUGCGCAAAUGGUGGAAAAUGGUCUUUUGUAUGUACUAGCAAGGCCUCUCUUGACAACACGUGGCUAGAGACGUUGAUGGCUUUGAUUGGAGAGCAAUUUGAUGAAAGUGAGGAAAUAUGUGGGGUUGUCGCUAGUGUGCGCCAAAGGCAGGACAAGCUUGCAUUGUGGACUAAGGCUGCAAACAAUGAAGCUGUUCAGGUGAUGAUUUGAUGACAAAUCCUUUUCAAGGAGAGAAUGAUGUAUGUCCAAGGGUUGAAGAUAGGAGAGAUCAGUUUUACUUUCGGAGGGUCCAAUUACAAGACUGCGGGGCAAAGCAUUUCAAGGAAGCACUAAAUGGGCUAAUCAAAGAACAUUGGGCGGACUAUGAGCAAGGAGAGACCAAGAUAAUCCCAACUGUUAGUCGUGGUCUAAUCCACGUAAUCGGGCAUAACCAUCCAUGACUUAGCCACGUUUAACGGAAGAACGUUAAUAAGCAUGAGACCUCGUUCAUGCAUCAAGACUUAAGUAUUUUAGAUUGUUUAAUGAAGCAUGCGACUUGAGACUCUAAUUGUGCAUGCAUUUAUUUUGUUUUGGGUUCCUAGAUAGCUUGCAUGAGACAUGCCACAUUGGGAAUCUAAUUGAGCAUGCACUUAUCUUGUACUUUUCCUUGUUUACUCCCAUUAUAUAAGGGAGGGACAUCUUAGUAUGAAGCAACUCAGUUUUUGGUGAGAUUGUUUGCUCUCUUAGUUCUUGAAAGGACUUUAUGAACUUAUUGAGUUUACUCUCAUGGCAUUCAACCCAUCGAAACCUAUCACCCCGGGUGUGGCGUUUCUUUCCUUCGUAGGCUUGGUUCGUGCCAGUUCUUGGUUACGGGUCAAGACUCACACUCUUGUCAUCUAGUUCUUGGGGCUCUAUCCACCUUUGUCUUGGAUUCCAUCACAUUUGUUGGGUACAUUGGUUCUUUACCAGAUACUUGUUCUGGUGUUGUUGUAGAAAGAAAAUCCUUCUAUUUCGGCUUUUGUUCCGAGCCUCUUGAUGUUUGAUGUGUAAAAUGUAUUCGCAGUAUAACCAAAGUUAGCUCAGAGAUAUUCACUUGUCCUGCUUAUUCAAUUUUAUGCUUUUAACCUUGGAUUAAUUAUAGGGUGACUACAUGAGGAUCAAUUUUUCCUUGCAGUAUCAAGCUAACUCUAUGAUUUGGUCAAUGAACCCAUCAUUUGGUCAAGCCAUAUUGAUUUUUCUUUUCUUUUCAAUAGUGACAUAGCCAUGUAUUUUAGUGUAUUAGAAGCUUUAUUUCCUUGCAGUAUCAAGCUAACACUAUGAAGUCAUUUUAUGCAGAUGAGUAUCGGAAGGAAGUGGAAAGAAAUCAUCGACUUUAAUGAUAAGAUUGCCUACAGCUUC